CAGCGGAAGUCAAUAUUCUAGGACUGCGAACCCCAGAAGUCCUUGCACCAAUACUUAGUUUCCUAUCUCUCGCGGGCUUUGUUUUGGUACGGCGGUACAUUUGGAAAGUUGUAUUGUCUCUUUCUGAAGAAUACUAGUUUGUUGCGGAGCUUUCUGUCAACCUGGAGUGCUAAGGUAUUAGGACAGCUGGUCAUGAUGUCGUCUCAAGCUGGGCUGUACAACCCAGAGACCGACUUCCUCGCGCGAUGGAUGCCGUGCAGCACUCGGGCUGGGGUGAUACUCAAUCCCUCGGUGGACUUGGCCAGGUCGCUGAGCAGCAGCAGUUGGGCGGCUCAGGACGUUGACGACUCCUUCUUGGCACAGUUCGCCCCUCUUCCGUACUCCAGCAACAGCAGUUCCCUGAGUGUUGAAUACCUUGUCCCAGAUGAGGCUGCUGCAUCUCUGUGCAAGUCCGAUCAGAUGCCCGGAAAGACGAACUUGAUAGCCUUUAACAACUCCACCGCCCUUCAACACACCCACCCCGGUGCUGUCAUGCAGGAAUCUACCGGUGAGAUGGACAGCAUAGUGGAGACUUCUGAACAGCCACCAGAAGACUUGAUGCUGAAAUUGGAACAGCUGAAGGAGUGGCAGCAGCAGAUGCAGGAGAAGCUGAAGGCCCAUCAGAUGCAGCAGCUCCAGGAGCUGCUGGAGGAGCAGCAGAGACUCCUGGGCUUGGUGUACGUCUCCCAGCAGGCCAGUGCAGGUGACUCGGGGGCGUCUCAGCUGACAGAGGGGGACUGGGGGGAUGAUACGGUGCUGGAGCGCCCCCCUGUGUCGCAGGGAGAGAGGCAGCCCUCCCUUUCCCCUGGCUCGAACCUCCAGGGGCCCCCGGUUCCUCAGCGGCAGCCCCUCUCACCCCUGCAGUGGGCCCCCAGCGGCCCCUGCAUCCAGAGUACUGCUGCGUGCCUUCAUCCUCACCCGGAGGAAGAGGAGAAGGAAGACCCUGACAAGACCUUGGGUUCAAAUGUUUGCAUCCAGCGAUGGAGUGGAGACCCUCUCCAAGAAUAUGAUGAUGACGAUGAAGUGGUUGAAGAUGAGGAAGAAGAUUCUCAGCAUGCUGUCCCCUCAUGCAGUGCAGGCUCUUUGCAGAUAGCACACAGAAAGGCAGAAGAACCAGAGCAUUUGGAAGACAGACCCAUCAGGUCUGGGAUUGGAGGGAGGAGUCGGACCUUUGAGGAGCUGCUGGAAGAACAGCUGCGGAUGGAGGAGCAGAGACUGAAUUCUGGCCAGCAGAAACCGAGCCGUGCGGGGGCUGAGGAAGUCCGAGUUCAUUUCAAGUCCAAGAGGCCAUUCCUCAGGCGGGGGGAGGGCCUGUCCCGCUUCCUGGGGGGCGGAGCGGCGGCGGCUCGGCGGAGCGCCAAAGAGGUGGCCGAACCCCCGCCCAAGCCCGCCGGCGCUCGAGGGUCUGGCGAGCCCGGCAGCGGCGACGAUCGGCGGCGACCUCCCAUCCAGCGCAAGACCACCGCCCUGAGCCGAGAAUCCCCUCCCGAGGGCCCGUCCGCGCCGCCGAACCGCGGCAGGGCCGAAACCAAGGAAACCAGGCCAAGUCGGGCACCGCGGCAACCCCGUGUCCUAGCCAGUCGGCAGAAGCUAAAUGCUGCGAGUGUCAGUUUGGGGCGGCCCAGACAGGCGCAACAGCGGCAAGAGGGGCCGCCGCCUGCCAAGACCCAGCAUGCACUGGGGGGUAUGAGGGCGGAGACUUUGGGUCAGGGGUCGCAGACGAGGGCGGGUGUGGCGGUGGGGGUGGAGGAGGGAGGGGGAGGCAGGCAAGUUGCUCCAGAGCAGGGGUACUCCUUCGAGCAGUCCUUCCAGGCCAAGCUGGGGAGCUGGGACAUGGAGAAGCAGAGGGAGCGGGUGGAGCUGGGCGAGUUUGAGCUGCUGGAGCAGGCGGCUGAGGAGAUGUCCUUCUCCAGCAACUCCUCCUUCGUCUUGAAGGUCCUGGAGCUGGACCGCCAGGACAGCAGGGGGCGCCGCCACCACCGCAGGCUCUCAUCCACCCCUGUCAAGUCCCCCAAGCCCUCCCCGUCCAAAGCGGGCCUGAGCGGCGACAGCGACACCGACCGCCCAGGGGGCGCCCUGUCCGUCUGCCCAUCUGUUGCCGUGGCAGCGGCGGUGACCAGGGGGGAUCCCGUGGGCGGAUUCAUCGAGAGAGAGGCAGUAGUCUCAUCGGAUCCCUGCAGCUCAGAUUCAGAGGCGGUGGAAGACGAGCCGGAGCAGGAAGUACUGCAGCACAUGCCGGCGCUACCCAGCAGCCCCUGCUUCUCCCCAUCCCAGGGCCAAUAUGACAAGACGUCCUACCAGGACGCAGAGGGUGACUUUUGCGGAGGGGGGGAACACAACGAAACCGGUGACCUCAGUAACCACAACGACUCCACUCUGACGGAGGGACAGGGUCAGGGGUCGAAGGACGACCGCCUGGUGUUCGACGACGACGACACCUGGAACGAUUUGGAAGAUGCCGGGAAUGCAGAGGACAGUGGCAGCAACGAUGGCGGAGGAAUUACCCAUGAUCCUCCGGGAGCAGAGAGUGACAGAGCGCUGAAGAGGAAGGUGGCCACCAUGAAGGUGCCUGAAUCUGCACCGCAGGGCAACCCUGCCUUUCGGGAGCUGGAACCGCCCCCCACCUCUCAGCUGGUGGCCAAACUUUUCCCCUCCCUGAAGCCCAAACCACAGCCCGCCCCUCCCCCGCCCCCAGGACCCACAGGCACAGCAGGAGACCAAGGGGCAGGCCGUCAGUCCAGGCUUCUGAGAGAGAGGUUGGCGGAGCUGGAGAUAGAGAUUGAGCGGUUCCGCUCAGAGAACGCUGCCCUGGCCAGCCAGCGGCUGGAGCGGGAGAAAGCUCUGGAGGCGCUCAGGAAGGAAAGGGCGGAGUUUGAGCAGAUGAAGGAGGAGGAGCUGGCGCGGUUGGAGGAGUUUAAGAAGGAGGAGACUCGCAAGCUGCAGAAGGAGCGCAAGGUGUUUGAGAAGCACGCCUCCGCCGCCCGGGCCAUCCCUGACAAGAGGGAGCGUGAGGAGAUACAGGCCCUGAAGCAGCAGCUGAGCUCCCUGCAGGAGGAGCUUCGUCGGCGGGAGGCUCGCUGGUCUAACACUCACAGCCGGCUGCGGCAGCAGGUGGAGGCGCUGGGGGCGGAGAACAGCGACCUGCGGGACGAGGUGCGGGCCCUGGAGCGGCUCCGAAUCUCCGCCUGGAAGAGGGAUGAAGCUGAGAGGGAGAGGGAGAGGGAGAAGGAGAGCUGCAGGAGGUCCAGUGAGAGCACUGCGGCCCGGUCCAAAUCCACUAGCCCUCCAGCUCCUCUGAAGGCUAGCCAGCCUUUCACUGCUACUGCCAGGGAGACACGCCAGGUGACCAGUCCUCCCAAGAGCACUCACAGAAGCAGCAGCAGGAAGUCCCCACAGAUACCCAGCCCUGGGUCUGGAGCACAGAAGCAGGCGGGGCCUGGUCAAGGGCAGCCAAUCACGGCACAGAACCCAAACACUCCUCCGACUCUGCUUUCUAGAGCAGGUGUGUCACAGACGGAGUACUGUGAGGAGGAGGAGGAAGAGGAGGAAGAAGAACAGCCUACCCAGAAGGAGAUCACUCAUCCUGAUGGAAAGAUUGAGACCAUCCUGUGCUGCGGCACGCGGCUUAUAGUCUUCCCCAACGGAACCCGCAAAGAGGUGUCUGCCGACGGCCGCACCGUCAAAGUCAACUUCUUCAACGGUGACGUCAAGCAGGUCAUGGAGGACCAGAGAGUGAUCUACUACUAUGCCAACACCCAGACCACUCACACCACUUACCCUGAUGGCAUGGAAGUUCUACAGUUCCCCAACAAUCAGAUCGAGAAGCAUUUCCCGGACGGUCGCAAGGAAAUCACCUUCCCUGACCAGACGGUAAAGAACCUCGGCCCGAACGGGGACGAGGAGAGCGUGCUUCCAGACGGGACCAUCAUCCAAGUAAAACCAGACGGCACCAAGGUGAUCCAGUUCAACAGCGGGCAGAGGGAAGUGCACACGGACAAGUUCAAACGACGCGAGUACCCCGACGGGACGAUGAAGACGGUCUACGCCGACGGGCGGCAGGAGACCAGGUACCCCAACGGCCGACUGCGCAUCAAGGACAAAGACGGGCGCGUCGUUUCAGACUCCAGGACUUAACGCCCCGGGGAAACCCCCUCAACGCUCCUGUGCCUGAGGUCCUGUUCGUAUUUAUGAAGUCUCGAUUGCGUGUGAUAUGCAGUGAAUGUUUCUGUAAUUGUUUGUAAAUAGUAUACAUUUAAUUUUUUUGUAAUAUUUUUCGGCCAAAUUAGUUUUUAUUUAAUAUUUGUUCAAAUAAAUUAUUUUUUAAAUUCCA